AUGAAAAUGUUUUGCCAACCCUCCUUUGAUACAGCAGGGGAAGAGUCCGGCUGUGUCCGUCUCAGCCCUCGGCUACCACCAGAGACCGGCCGUUCUGUAGGCAGGAAAUUCAGACGAGGCCAGCCUGAGCGGGGCUCGAAUCAUAGAAUUGGAGAGCGUCAACGGAUGGAGAGGUCCGAAGUCGCCAAGUUGUUGGGGCAAUCGAAUUCAGUUGGAGUUUACAGCCGGGGGUCGGCCUGCGGUUCCAUGCUCCGCUCGUGUCCUGGGCCGGAGAAGACUAAAUACGCCCAUUUCAAGCAAUUCCGACGUACGGGAUAA